AUGAAUGAACAGUUUGAUUUUCGUGCUUUAUUACUCAGAAUACAAGAUCUUCUAUCAGAAAAUGAUCGACAUCGUCUACAUUUUCUACUUGGUGAAGAUGUUCCAAGAUAUUUGCGUGAUGAUUUUUCGUUUAGUGGGACUCUUCGUUUACUUGAUUCUCUCUUCGAAAAGGCAUUCAUCAGUGAUCAGGACUGUGAUUAUCUCAUUGAAGCAUUUAAUAAAAUACAUUGUCAUGAUGCCAUGAGACGACUUCAAGAGUAUCAACAAGCUCGAAAGCAAAGUAACCAACGAAGUUUCUCACUUCAAGAUAUUCUUCUACGAGACAGUGAAGACGGCAAUAUUUGCGCACCUAGUUUGUAG